AUGUCAUGCAAAAUGGUCGCCAUAGCAAGCAUCAGACACGACUCGAGUAUGCGAUUCCACCGUCUUCGCCGACGCAAGAAGGAGAGAGAGAGAGAGAGGCACGACAUGAUUGGUCACGGGGGUGUGAUGAAUCAAAUGAAAUGCAUGCUUUCGCUCCAGACGAUUGACGCCAUCUUGUGGACAGACAGUUGUUAUCCCUUCACCCCAGAUCCAAUUAAACUGGAAGAAGAAUCCGCUUAG